GAACGCGAACGGCUGGGGACAGAGCCCGGGCCCGGGCGGGGCCCCCCCAGCCUCCCCGGGCCUCGCCGGCCUCCCCGAACGGGAUUCGGGCCGGCGCCCUGCGAGCGGGGGGCUCUCCUUGUCCCCGUGUGUGUGCCGGGGCCGGGAGGAGGUGUCGAGUGCCCCGAGGACAGCGGGUCGCACCGUGGGCAGGGGGAGUCAGGCAGGGGGGGCGGGCGGCAGGCGGCUGCCGGUGCGAGACUGUGGUAGGGCCACAGCCUCGGCCCCGGGGAAAGGGGCGUCCCGUGAGGGAGGGUGGUAGUGCCACCCCCUCGGCCGUCAGGGCAUUGGGCCGCUCUCCCUGCUUGGGGGGAGACCUGUGGCAGGGAGUGGAGCAGGCGUGGGAACGGCAAGGCGGAACCGGGUCCGUGCAGGGUGUAGCCUUGUCUGGGUGAUGGAGGGGUAGAUGGUGUGGGGGAUGAGAAAGCAGAUUCUGUGCAGGGAGUGUUGCUGGAGUAGGAGCUGCAAAGUGGAACAAGUCUGGGCCAGUGUGUGUGUGUGUGUGUGUGUGUGUGUUAAAGAACCAGAGUAUAACUGACAGAGGCAGAGUUGUAAGGGAGGGAGCAGCACUCCCGUGGUGCCACACCUGGAAGGGGAGAAUGGGGACCUCUCUACCAGCGUCGACACCCUCUCUAGUGCAAGGGAUGCUUCCUACUAUAGAAUUAGUGAGCAGCCCCUGGAAAUGUGGAAAGACUUUAAAGAAAAACAGAUUCAGAGAAGAAACUGGGAUAAGGGGUCUACGUAUGAGGAAGCAAUGAAUCCUUGUUGAAGUAUCAGGCAGCAGGAGCUGUUGGCCAGAUGCUGCUGGAUGCUGACAGGGGAAAGCUGAUUCGGAGACAAGCGGCCAGAAAUGUUUGGACACGUCGUCACUUUGGAUCUGGCAUCUGUAUGAGUGUCCUUGCUUCAUGAGGCUUCAAAACUGACCCUAGGCUGGUAACCUGCUUUGGGAGCCACGCAGGCGGGAGGAUGUCGAGCACAGCUCCAUCGAAGAAGCCUUACCGCAAGGCGCCCCCGCAGCACCGUGAGAUCCGCCAUGAGGUACCCAUCAUUCGUGACGACCAGGAUGGAGUGAUCUUGGCCGAGCAGAGUCAGGAAGCCUUGACGGAUGCAGAAAGAAUGAAGCUACUGCAGCAUGAGAAUGAGGAGCUGCGCCGACGGCUGACGUAUGUGACUAACAAAAUGGAGGCGAUGGAGAGGGAGCUGGAGUCAGGUCAGGACUACCUGGAGAUGGAGCUGGGCCAGAACCGUGAGGAGCUGGAGAAAUUCAAGGACAAAUUUCGUAGGCUGCAGAACAGCUACACUGCUUCCCAGAGAACCAACCAAGACCUGGAGGAGAAGCUGCAUGCCCUGGCCUCUCUCAGCCAAAGCUGGAUUUUUGCAAUUAAAAAGGCAGAGAUGGACCGCAAGACGCUGGACUGGGAGAUUGUAGAGCUCACUAAUAAAUUGCUCGAUGCCAAAACCACCAUCAAUAAGUUGGAGGAACUCAAUGAACGCUAUCGACAGGACUGUAACCUUGCAGUACAGCUGCUCAAGUGUAACAAGUCCCACUUCAGGAACCACAAGUUUGCUGAUCUUCCCUAUGAGCUGCAGGACAUGGUCAAUAAGCAUUUGCACAGCACUCAGGAGUCCACAGGCCCUGGUCAAGAGGCAACCCGCACCUUGGCUCCAUCUGAUGUUGUGCCCACCUCAGUCAUUGCCAGAGUCUUGGAGAAACCAGAAUCUCUGGUUCUGAAUUCAGCUAAGUCUAGCAGUGGCAGCUGCCCCAUGGCUGAGGAUGUCUUUGUGCAUGUGGACAUGAGUGGAGCCCCUCCUGACGCCUGCAACAGCACAGGGCAGGUAGGAAAGGAGGGAGGUGAUGCGGGGAGGCAGCAGAAUGGUGGCUGCAAGCCGCAGAGCAGUGUGGAAAGCGUGCCAGAGGAGGUGCCUGCCUUUGAGAAGCUAAGCCCGUACCCUACACCCUCACCUCCCCACCCUAUGUACCCCGGGCGCAAAGUGAUUGAGUUCUCUGAGGACAAGGUAAGGAUCCCAAAGAACAGCCCCCUGCCCAACUGUACAUACGCUACGCGCCAGGCCAUCUCCCUCAGCCUGGUACAGAGCGAAGAUGAGAGCUGCGACAGGCACCGGACGCUCCCCGGCAGCCCCGCUUCAGAAGGGCACCGUUCGGCCUCCAGCUGUUCCUGUCAGCAGUCCCCCAAAGCAGCCAGGGCUCAUGGCUCUUCCCAGAGCAGCCCGUUCAGCAGCCCGCCCCAAAUCCCGAGCGCCUUCGCCAGCUCUGCCAGCUCUGAGGAGGACCUGCUGGCCAACUGGCAGCGUAUGUUUGUGGACAAGGCACCCCCUACCUCAGAGAGGGUGCUGAUGAACCGCACGGCUUUCAGCCGUGACACGGCCCCCGAGCUCCAGAAGAGGUUCAGCCGCUCCAUGCAGGAGCUGGGUAGGGCAGCCUCGGCUUAUUCAGAUGGUGAGGAGUCUGCGCAGAGCUGCAGCUGGACCGUGAGCCGGGACUCGAGCGUGGACACAGACAGCACCGAGUCCAGAGCCCGCAGGAGCCAUUUCUCCUCAGACUAUGGUACGGAUUUCUCCCAGGAUGAAGCCCAGAAGCUGUUGCAGGAAAGCGGUGGAGGCACUGCUGAGCCUGGAAGCCCCUCACCAGAGAAGCACAAGGACUAUGUGGACCUUGGCUUGCCUGAGAGCCCCGCUGAGGAGAGACAAAUGUUGCUCCAGGGAAGCAAGGAAAGCAACCAAGGAGGUGCCCAAGAGGAAAGUGGAGAAGGCAGGGUCAAGCCUCCCCUCAGUCGGCCACACCGCAGCCCCAAGAGGAUGGGGGUCCAUCACUUACAUCGCAAGGACAGUCUGACGCAAGCCCAGGAGCAGGGCAACCUUCUCAGCUGAGGCAGGGCAAGAAGCAGCCACACGCUGCAGAGCUGUGGGAUGCAUCCAACUGUCCACCUUCUGAGGGAGAAACCUCCCUCAGUGCCCUCAUACCUGGUGGGGGGGCUCUGCUCUGAAGUUUUAUAUUUCUCUUCUUUUGCUACAUGGAAGAGCUGAGGUCCCCCUUCCCCGGCACCUCAGACCCACAGUACUAGCACACACAGUGUGCAGAAGCAUACCCACUGCCCUGGCACACUCGCAGCUCUCUUCACAGCCUCACAUUGGUGCCUGUACCAGAGCUUGUUCUUGGUACCCCUCGUCCUGGUGCCUGCGCCUCUUCAUGCUCGCAUCUUCCUUCCCCCUUCCCACUCAGGUUCCUCAGGCCCUUGGGUGCUCUCAUGCUGGUUGCCCGCAGCUGCUCUGUUCUCUUAACUUGUGCCAACAGGGCAGAGUGCCUGUGUGGUGAUGUCUGAUUCCCGGGGAGGCCCCAGGGGCCGUCAGUGGGGCGCGAGGACUCUCCCAGCGGAUGGCUGUGUGCUCCUGGGGAUGCGCUGGGAUGGCUGGUGUCUCAUUUUCCUGCUGGGUUUUGUUUUCCCCAGCUGCCCUCUGGGUGGUUCUCCAGAAUCUGCCUCUGCAGGUCCCCACCACUUGGCUCCGGCGUUGGGCUCAGCACCCGGCCCCUGCUGAGGCAGGUUGCUGGUGCUGUGGCGUGGGGGGUGGGUGCUGCCUGCCGAGGCGGUUCGGGGAGGUACUGCCUGCUGGGCGCUGGGGUUUGUGUUUGUGUGUCUCCUCCCUCACACCUCUUCCCGCCCCCCCAGUUCUCUGUGCUGUUGUUUUGUUUGAACGGUGCUGAUGCUUUGCUCUUGGGUGGGCUUCUUUCUUCUUUCCAAGCCUUUGGUUUUGGGGUGUAUUGUUUUUUCUUUCUCCCCACCCUGCAUAAACAGACACAGCCGUUGGCAGCCGGUCUGAUGCCUGCAUUGAGGGUGUGUUGAAGAGGCUCAGCUCGCAGAGCUGCUCUUUUCUCUGAUCCUGGCCUCCAGCUUGCAGAAACCCCUCCAUACUCAAGAACAAGGUCUUGCCCCGGGCGAGCAAGGUGUGAAGGACGCUACCGGGCUUUUCUGGGCAAGGCUCGGUGCAGGGCCGGCAGGGAUGCAAGGGCAGCGUGCUGAGGAGCUGCUCCCUGCAGAUGCUCUACCUCACGGCUUGGCAGCAGCCCAUUGCCAGUGUCUCCUCGCACGCCCCCUUCUCCGGGGGGCUCCAGGCUGGCUCUGGUGCCUCUCCGGGGCCUCCCCUUCUGGGUAGGGCCUCUCUGUGUGUUUUUCCUAGUGUAGCGUGAUGUUGUGUGACUUUUC